AUUCGUCAGAGGACAUUUAAAAAUGGAUUUUUUAAUUUUGAUAAUGUUUAUCAUUUACCACACAUUUGAAUGGAGAAUUGUCUGCUAACUUCAGAAUUCAGUGUAACUAUACCAUAUAAUAUAGCACAAGAAUUAUAUGUAUAUAUAUACAUAUGUAAACAUAUUCACGCAGCAUCACAAUAUUGUGUCAAUGUGUUUGUAAUAAAAGUUCAUUAAAGUAAAUAAAAUAGAAUACAUGACAAAUUUUUAUAUUUUUACAUUCAUAUCAGCGACAUUGUAUUCAUAGUUCUAAACGAAAAGAAUAUUGGAUCAAAAUAAAUUAUUAAGGCUUUUUGGAACCACUUUUUUAAAAAAUGAGCCAAGAAACAACAAAAAAUGAACCAAUUGAGACUAAUGGAACUGGAGACCUUUUAAAUAACCAGCCAUCAUUGAAUGGAGAUGCAGAUGAUUCUCAUAAAUCUGUAGGAGUUAUUGAAGAAAAACCAGUCGACUCUUCAAGUGAAAAUAACGUUAAAAAAGCUUCUUCAUCUGUAGGAGGUAAUACCUCUAACACUCCCGUUGGAGGAGGAUCUUCUGGUGGAAAGCCAAAAAAACGUAAAAAGGCACCUAGAGAUGCUACAGCACCAAAACAGCCACUCACCGGAUACUUUAGAUUUUUAAAUGACAGAAGAGAAAAAGUUAGAACUGACAACCCAACUAUGUCUUUCACGGAAAUUACAAAACUUUUGGCUGCUGAAUGGAGUUCUCUUCCAACAGAACAAAAACAACAAUAUCUUAAUGCUGCUGAACAAGACAAGGAGAGAUACAAUAGAGAAUUUAGUGAUUAUAAACAAACUGAGGCUUACAGGCUGUUCAGUGAAAAACAAAUGGAAAAGCAAAAUGAAAAAAAGGAAAAAAAUACCAAUGAAAACAGUGAUCAAAUUGAAAAUUCAUCAGAAAAAGAUAAUGAUUUUUCUGGAUUUGAUAUUCCAAUAUUUACAGAAGAAUUUUUAGAUCAUAAUAAAGCUUGUGAAUCAGAACUCCGACAGCUUCGAAAAGCUACAUCAGAUUACGAAGCUCAAAAUGCUGUUCUUCAGCGUCAUGUUGACAGCCUUCGUGGGGCAGUGAAUCGUUUAGAAUCAGAGACUAAUCAACAACAAAUCACUAAUCAAUCUCUUCAACGUCAUUUAGAUUCUCUUCGAACCCAGAUACUUUAUCAUUUCAAUUUUUGUCCACUACCUAUGUUUGCCCCAGGUCAGGUUACUUAUACUGGAGCAACUUUAGAAAAUUUUGAUGGAUAUAUGGAAAGACUAGAAGCUCUGCUUGAAAGGAACCUAGAACCUGCAUUAAGAAAUGCUAUUCGAAGAAAUAUUUCAAAAAUUGAUUUAGAAGGAUGACCUUCACCAUCGAAUACUACUAUUAUUAUCACUACAACCACUACUACCACUAAUACUUCUGCUACUUCUACUUCUAAUACUAAAUAUUGUCGAUCUCGACAUUCACAUAAAAAUAACAAAAAUAAGAAUAAGAAGAAGAGACAAAAAAAAA